GCCGUCCCACAGGCUGAUUGGAAGGACGCUGUCCCGGCGAGCGGUGGUGGCCGCGGUUUCACUUUAGGAGGGAACCGGAAAGCCUGUCGCCACCAGCCACUUGUGGAGUCCAGCACCACCAGCUGGAGCGCAGAGCGGGCCACACGCGGGAAGGAGGCGCAGAGAACUGGAGACGGGGUGGCGUCCGCACACUCCUCCCAGGGGGCAGAAGGCAGUCCUCGGAGAAGCGGGACGGAGGGAGGGAGGAGCGGCCUUUCUGAAAUAGUGCACCGGACAGGCUGGACGCACGCCCCUCGGAAGGACGAGGGCGAACCCAGGUAUGGAUAAAUUGGGGCAGAUCAUCUCCUUAGGCCAGCUCAUCUACAAACAGUGUGAAGAGAUGAAAUACUGCCAGAAACAGUGCCAGCGUCUAGGGAACCGUGUCCACAGCCUGCUGCAGCCUCUGAAGAUGCUCCAGGCCCAAGGAAAGAGGAAACUGGCCCCUGAGAUAAUGACUGCCCUGAACCAUUUCGAAGCUGCCCUGGAGGAAGCUAAAAGGCAGAUAGACAAGUUCAGCAGUAAAUCCAAUAUCUGGAAGUUCCUGAAGGCAGGUGAUAACAAGAUACUCUUCAAAGAAGUGAAUGAUAAGCUGAAAGAUGUCUGGCAGGAGCUCUCCCUUCAACUUCAGGUUGAUCAGCUUAUUUCAAGGGCCAACCAAAGAGCAUCCUGGGCACAGGAAAAUCAGCAGGAUGCAGAGGAAGACAGACAAGUCUUCCAAAGGAUUAGAAGGGAAAAUGAAAAUAUAGAAGCUUCGCUGAGGCGGUUGGAAAUCAACACAGAAGAAAUCAAGGAAACCUUAAGGCAGUUGCUGAUGAGUCUGAAUUCAUCAAAACCCAUGCAGGAGUUCCCACAGGAGCAAAUCAAGGAGAUUGAGAAGAAACAGCUUUCAGGAUCCCCUUGGAUCCUACUGAGGGAAAACGAAUUCAGUACACUCUAUAAAGGAAAGUAUCAUGAAUCUCCAGUGACCAUAAAAGUAUUCAACAAACCCCAGGCCAGAAGCAUUGGAAUGGUGAGGCAUACUUUCAAUAAUGAGAUCAGAACAAUGAAGAAAUUUGAUUCCCCCAACACCCUGCGUAUAUUUGGGAUUUGCAUUGAUGAAACAGUGAGUCCGCCUCAGUUCUCCAUCAUCACGGAGUACUGUGAACUGGGGACCCUGCGGGAGCUGUUGGAUAAGAAAAAGGACCUCUCCUUCGGUGUGCGCAUCUUCCUAGCCCUGGGGGCAGCCAAAGGCUUGUACAGUCUACACCAUUCGGAAGCACCUGAACUCCAUAGAAAUAUCAGCAGCUCGAGUUUCCUGGUAACAGAGGGCUACCAAGUGAAGCUUGCAGGAUUUGAACUGAGUAAAACACAAACUUCCAUCAGUCGGGAAACUACAGGGAAUAAAGCAGAGAGAGUCAAUUCUACAGCAUAUGUCUCACCUCAGGGACUAGAAAAUGUAUACCAUAAAUAUGACAUCAAAGCUGAAAUAUACAGCUUUGGAAUCGUCCUCUGGGAAAUUGCCACAGGGAAGAUCCCAUUUGAAGGCUACAAUUCUAAGAUGAUUCACCGGCAGGUGACUGUGGAUCGGCAGCAGGAGCCCCUGGGUGAAGACUGCCCCUCAGAGCUGCAGGAGAUCAUUGAUGAGUGCAGGGCCUAUGAGCCCUCCAGGCGGCCCUCUGUUGAAGGAAUCUUAGAGAAACUGUCUACCUUUACUGAAUUGGGUACAGAAACCUAAACCAAGGAGUUCCUGAACAAGAAGCUGGGAGAGGCAAAACUAGACAUCUCUCUCCUCAUACUCUUUGGCAUCAAGUUAUUUUGGGGUGGGCUGGGGAGAUAGCUCAGUCAGUAGAGUGCUUGCCUUGCAAGCACAAGGUCCUGGGUUCGAUCCCCAGCACUGCAAAAAAAAAAAAAAAAAAAGUUAUUUUGGGGUGCAAAGAGGCAGUACUUCUCUAUUACAAAUAGAAACUAUU